GGCGGGUUUUGCUUUCCUUCCCCCCUAAAUGGAGAGAGAGGCUUUUUUUCUAUUGAAUCAAGGCUCACAGAGUUACAGGGCCUGGUGCACAGAAUGGUUCAAGCGAGUGAUCGGUACGGGUAAACUUCCGAAUCUCUGGAAGAAGGUGAACGCUUUCAAGCUUCCCUCUCCGGUCUGUUUUAAAACGCGCAGUUCCCCGUGAAUGUAGAAGAUCGCCAGGAUCCCCCAGAUCGCGAAAUGUGGGAAUGGAAGGCGCAAACUUUGACUCGCCAUCGCUACGAGGAGUAUGAAGUUUGCCAGACAGAAUCUACUUUGCUGAGGAUUGAAGUGGCCGUUUGGUGGAAGCUAAGACGGUGUGUAAAGAUACUAGCUCAGUCCCAUCCGCAACAUGGCCUCGGCUGGUAACACUGCGGAGCGCCGAAGGACAGAGCAGGACCAUGUUCAGCAAAACAGGAGGAGAAGGAGAAACCUGCGGCAUCCGACAGCGGUUUUAGAUUAUCUGGAACGGCCGAGCUAUUGCGAUGCUGCCUUUGCGUUGGAUCAGAUCUCAAAGGGAAAGGCUACUGGAAGGAAAGCACCGCUGUGGCUUCGAGCUAAGUUUCAAAAACUGUUAUUUAAACUGGGCUGUUACAUUCAAAAGAACUGCGGAAAGUUCCUCGUUGUGGGCCUGCUGAUAUUCGGGGCUUUUGCAGUGGGAUUAAGGGCUGCUAAUCUGGAAACCGACGUCGAGGAGCUGUGGGUAGAAG